AUGGAAUCAUUGCGCGGCGCUAUUUAUGGCUUCCCCGUGCCCCAACCACGCAUCCGCACCAAACCACUGCAAGUAAUCUGCGUAGGCCUACCACGAUCAGGAACAGAGAGUCUCAGUCGGGCGCUCACCCAACUCGGCUUCAAAACCUACCACGGCUGGGACAUUGUCUUCGACGACCCACCAUAUGCCCAGGGCUGGGCGCAGCUAGCAGAGCGAAAAUAUUCCGGCGUGCAAGGGGCAGGCGACGCCCCGAUCACUCGCGAUGAGUUCGAUUGCCUGCUGGGGCAUUGCGAUGCAGUGGUGGACACAGCAGCCGCCAUGUUCGGCGUGGAAAUGAUCCAGGCGUUUCCAGAGGCUAAGGUGAUUUUGAAUACGCGGCGGGACGUGGAUGCCUGGCAUCGCAGCGCCAUGAACACCUUGGUCGCAGAGGGUGAGAGCCAGUGGAUGGCCUGGUUUUUGCGCAUUUUCACGGCGGAUGCGUACUGGCUUUGGAGGUUAUACUACACGAUUGGAUAUCCCGCCAUGUUUCGGGGGCGGACGACCAAGGAGGGGCUGAUGAAACAUGGGAAAAGGGUGUAUCAGGAACAUGGGUUGAUGAUUCGAGGGCUUGUGCCGAAGGAGAGGCUCUUGAUGUGGGAAGUUGAAGAUGGGUGGGGUCCUUUGUGUGAGGUACGUCAAGCUUGGCGUGAUAUUUCAGAGAUUUGGAAGGGUGUGUCAGUUAAUGUUGUGGGCUAUAGUUUCUGGGUAAAGAUACCCCCGAUGAGCCCUUCCCGAACACCAAUAACCCAGCAGCUUUUCGGAAGCAGAUCCAAAGUGUAG